UUGUACUGGAGGUGCUGGGUCGGCCAAACAACCUUGCUCAUCGGGUAGCUACAACGACCAAACCAACCAAUCAGAUACUUCGGCUUGUAUUUUGUGUCACGCUGGGACAUUUAGUGCAACCCCCGGCGCCGAAUCGUGCACCCCGUGCACUGCAGGGACAUUCUGUGUGCAAGGAAGUUCCACUGAGGUGUCGUGUUCCCUCGGGCAAUAUUCGACGUCAAGGAGCGCUUCGUGCACUUUGUGUCCAGCUGGGUACUCAUGUGCAGACCCAGCCCAACCCCCACAACCUUGCACUAAUGGAAACUGGAGCCCAGCAGGGCGAACAAUAUGUGUGGACUGCCCAGCUGGAAGUGAAUGUCCAACACGGGAUUCCACAACAUUAUGUCCUGUUGGUACUUCCAGUGCAUCGGGUGUGGAGGAUUGCACGACCUGCCAACCUGGAUAUUAUGCUUCAUCUCAAGGCCAACCAGUGUGUACCCCAUGCCCUGCAGGUUCAUCAUGUUCCAACCCAAGCCUCCCCCCAAUUCAAUGCGGUCCAGGUUACAUAUCAUCAGAGAAUGCAACCUCGUGCACAUUGUGUCCGCUCGACAGAAUAUCAUCUGUUGACCAUCAAUCGUGUCUAGAGUGCCCAGCUGGGUACGAGUGCUCAGAUCCAACGUUUGGUGAGAUAGCUUGUGUUGGUGGCACAUACUCAUUAGCUGGUAACGCAACUUGCACACAAUGCCCGGCGGGCUUUUCGUGCUUGUCGACCGCCCUCCCCCCAGAUCCAUGUCCUUCAAACGAAUAUUCACCUGCGGGCCAAACAUCGUGCACGUUGUGCGCAGCGGGUUUCUCGUGCUCCACCAGAAGCACAACAAUUUGCGCACAAGGAACAUACAGUGCACUUGGAGAUUCCACCUGCCAAAGUUGCCCUGCUGGUUCUCGUUGUCCAGCUGGAUCUUCAACUCCAAUCAAGUGUGGAUCAG